CGCUCAACCACCACUCCGUUGCAUAGACACACCACUCACCGCCCACACACCACACCCGCGCGACCCAUUGCAUGUCCCACACGCCCACGACCCAGUCCAACACCAAUGCCAGCGGUGCAGCGGCCAAGCCGACCCUAACGGGUGUGCGCAUCCGGCAGCGCAAGGGCCAGGCCAAGGCGACUGCCAAGUUUGAGCCUGAGACCUUCCGCGACAGCCUGCUCCUCCACCUCGCGCUCGUCGCGACCCCGCCGACGACCAACGACCUCGUCGCCAAGCUCGUCCAGGCGGGCACGACGCUCGAGUACCUCAAGUACAGUGAGCAGCUGUUCGAGCUGCUCUUUGUCGGCGGCCUCCUGCAGCCCGGCGGCGCCUACCUCGACGACAAGCGCUCGCCGUUCUACAUUCUCCAGCCGGCCGGCGGCGAGCUCGGCGACUGGCCCCCCGUCAAGGGCAUUGUCGAGACGCUCCAGCGCGUCAUCCAGCGCUACCGCUACCUGCAGCGCCCGCUCGAGGAGUCGUUCCUCCCCGACCUGCUGGGCUACCUCGCCAAGUGGGACGCCGAGCAGCGCGCCAAGCUCGCCGAGGCGAUCGCUAUUCUGGUUAUCGAGCUCCAGAUCGCGCCCAAGGCGCUCACCUCGCUCGCAAAGGACCAUGUAGUCAAGGACCAGGUCGGCCUCGACUUCCUCACAAAGUUCUUCCGCGUCUACCUCGCCCGCCAGAGCAUCGACCAUCUCGCCGCCACCAUCCGCCGCUCGGGCCUGCGCGACAUCCUCACCGUAUUCCCCAUGCAGAUCCGCGACCGCGCCCACCUCGACGCCCACUUCAAGAAGGAGGGCCUCCCCCAGAUCAUCGACUGGUACGCCAAGGUCGCCCUCAGCGAGAUCAAGGAGGAGACCAUUACCGCCGUCUCGAGGAUGAUCAACGACGAGGACUCGAACCAGCAGAUCGUCGAGCACCUCAAGGCCCAGCAGGUCGAGCGCCCCGCUCCCGAGGCCGACCUCUCCGAGUGGAUCUUCCUCGGCUGGAUGAAGGCGUUUGACUGGACGGCGCGUGCCGACCAGCUCGACGCCAACGUCGUCGCCUUUGUCAACCGCCUCGCGCCGACCCUUGAGCCCUUCUGCAACGGCGCCAAGGCCGAGGUCGGCAUCAUCAACGCCGUCCAGGUCUUCUGCUACCAGGACACGCGUAUCCUCAAGGCCUUCCCCCAGAUCCUCAAGGUCCUCUACAACACGGACAUUGUCUCGGACCAGGCCAUCAUCUACUGGCACCAGAAGGGCGCCAAGCCCCAGGGCAAGCAGCACUUCCUCAAGGUCACGCAGGCGCUCGUCGACUUCCUCGAGGAGGAGAGCGACGACGACGAAGAGUAAUUUGUACUAGUCUCAGUCUCUCUCGGUGUCGGAUCUAGCUAGGCCUACUACCCCUCGUCCUACUUUACCCACCAAAACGCAGCGACAGAGCUCCCCCACCUGAACCCGCCACUGUCCGCGCGCCGCGUAGGACUCUUGGCUCCAUCAAUCCCCCCAGUGUCGCCGCAGUGUGAUGCUGUAUAUAUGCAUUGGCUUUGCAUCGAUCAGGCGUGGGUGUGCAGCGUGGCGCAGUGGUGCAAGGCAGUGCUGGGGGCACAAGCCGAGCUGCCGCUUCGGGGAGCAGGCGCGUAUUGACACAAACGCACGCCCACCAGGCGCGCGCGUAUUGACGACAUAAACGCACGCCCAC